AUGAAGCUGACCUUUGGUUUCGUUCACUCGCCCACGCUCCCAACGGGUCUCACAUCGCAAUCGACGACGACGCGCGCCAGGCCGGCGUUGAACUAUGCGCAGAACGAACGAGCGCUCUGUUUCCAUGGACCGUUGAUCUAUGAGUGCAAGGUCAGGCAAACAACCGAUGCGCAGGCCCAGGAUCACGCAUGUUCCGUGUACAAAGACAUAAUUGUACCGGUUCGCUGACCCACCCACGCUGGCCGCGAUGCUGCUCGACCCGGUCUCGUCGUGCAGGUGCUCGAAGCUGAGGUGUGGCCCAAGGACCAUCCAUCGGGCGAGAGUGGUCCGCAUUUCCGGGUUCACUACAAAGGCUGGAAGAACUCGUAAGCUUCGUCAUCGCAGAGACCCUUACUGCCGCCCCCCCCCCCCCCCCCCCCCCCCCACUCAGGUCCCAUACGGCGCGGCGAUCACGCCUACCAACUCCGCGGCGACGGACCGAUCGAUGUACGCUGACCUCCUCUUCAUCUGGGGUAUGGGUGUCUUGAUUCACAGAUGGGACGAAUGGGUUCCCGAAGAUCGACUCAAAAAGUACAACGAGGAAAACAUUCGCAAGCAAAAGGCGUUGAUCGAGGCGCAGAGGACGCGCGACGCCGCCGAGCGUGAACACCAGCGUCAGACCUAUGCCGCCGAACAAGAGGCCAACAAACGAGGUGCUGUGGCGGCUGCGGCUGGAGGAAGUGGUGGCGGUGCAGCUGAAGGUGCGGCUGGUGCGGGGGCAACGAACGGCAGUGGUGCGGCGAGUGCUCCUUCGUCCUCGACGGGCGCGGCGACGGGAGCAGUGGCGGCGGGGGUCGCACCGGCCUCGAGUGGGGCCAACGGUGCGGCUGCCUCAUCUUCUACAGCACCAGCGGCUGGUGGUCGCAACGAGGCGGCCAAGCAGCGGGGUCAGAAGAGGACGCGGGAUGGCGAAGGCGAGGACGAGUACGUCAAGCGUCCCGAGAUCAAGAUCGUCAUCCCCGACAGCCUCAAAACUCAGCUCGUCGACGACUGGGAAGCCGUCACCAAGAACCAUACGGUCAGUACCCUUUUCGCUUGGCGGUAAUUUAUGCGGUGCCCGACGGAGCGGUGAGGUUGGUGGACGGGACUGAAUGAGCGGCUGACACCCCAGCCACACUUUCUUCGGUCGUUAGCUUGUACCAUUGCCGAGGGUACCGAACGUCGAUACCAUCCUCGACGAGUGGAACAAGUACUUGCAGAAUGAGGAUCCGGAUCGCCGUCGGUACGUGAUGCUGAGCUGUAGGCGCAAUCCUGUUCCCCCAGGAGAACCGCGACUGACCGACUACCUUCACUGCGCAGUCUCGCCGCCGAAGUCGCCGCCGGACUAGGGAUGUACUUCAACAAGGCGUUGGGAAACAACCUCUUGUACAAGUUCGAGCGAGGGCAGUACGCCGAACAACUGGCCAAUCUGCCGGCGGGGCGUCAAAUGAGUUCCAUCUAUGGCGCUGAGCACCUAUUGAGGCUCUUUGGUGAGCCUUCACCAACAUCCCGCUCAUGAAUCGCGGAUGGGCCGGUCCGAUUCUGAUCUUUCUUUUUCACGGAUCGCUUUCUUCCAUAUCGCCACCACAGUCAACCUGCCCGAAUUGCUGGCGCACACGACGAUGGACCCCGAAUCGGCGCUCGUGCUCAAGGAGAAUAUGGCCCAAUUCCUGUGGUGCGUCAGGACGAACUUUACGGGUGCAUACCACCUCUCGAACCCCUUGAUCACUAAUACGCGACAUGUUCCUUCGUCUUUCCCUCCCCGUAGCUGGCUCGACCUGAACAAACAAAUCCUGUUCGCCAAAGAAUACACAGCGACCUCGUCGGGUUACCAAAACAAUCACCGUUGA